AUUUUAAAUAAAAAUGAAGUCAACCUUGAUCUUGGCCUUCCUAUUGAUUGGAGUGUUCUGCCAAUUCCCAGUUAGAGAGUAUCCUUAUCAGAGACUUGAUUACGGUAACUUCAGAGCUGGUGGCCCUGUUCCAUUCCGUAACGCAUAUGGUAACUACCCUUACGGACAACGUGUUCCAUUUGUUGAACCAGCCAUCGAGGUUAUCCAAGAGCCUUUUGUUCCAAUGGUGGAGAGAGUUCCAUACCACCUUCAGAACAGCAGUGAGACUCCAGUUUACACAGAUCCAUUGAUUGCUCCUACUGUUGAGACUAUUUACUCUCCUGGAUAUCCUCCAAUGGCUGAAGAAGUUUAUGUUCCACAAUAUGUAAUUGAAACUCUACCUGAAGACGAGACUCCAUGUGGAGAAGGCGCUGAUAUUCAUAAGGAAUGGAACGAAGCAAGAGAUCAGGCAAGAGGACUAGGAUUCGAGGGAAGAGAAGUCGCAGAGCUAUGCUUGACCACCAUUGCUGGUACCUCAAUUACUACUAAGCAAUUUGCUUGUGUUGCACUUGAACUAGGAAUCUCAGAGAAUCUUCCUAGAGACGAAGCCGUUCAGUUCUCUAAGGAAAUUGCUAAGAGAAGCGGAACUCCAGAAGAGGUUGCUCAACAAUGGGCUGAUGAAUUCAUUGACAAGAUCACCCCAUCAUAAAAGCCCAGCUAUUCCUAAAUGAAGGCUAGGGAUUAGUAACUCUAUUAGUAGCUAAUAAUGGUUUUA